CAACAUCUUCUUCAAUUCUCACUUCUUCAAUCUUCAUUGUAUUUUUUGGGAAAGAGGGGCGUGGGGAGGAGGAGGUUAGAGCAUCCACAUUCAUACCAUCUAAUUUGGCAUUGAAUUGUUUAUAUUAUUUUACACUUUUCAACUCUUUAAACAACUCAACUAUGUGUAAAAAAAAAACAACUCAACUAUUUUUUCUAAAUAUCAAUCCCACCCAUCAAAAAAUCUAAACGAGGUUCUACUGAUUCCAUACUAUAUCCAAAUUUUAUAUUUCAAACUGCAUUAAAUUUUAUAUCAAUCCCACCCAUCAAUAUUGGAUGCAGGGGAUGUACAAGAACUACGAUGUUUGUUACCCUUGGCUUAUAUGAAAAGCUACGAGAAAGAAGUAGAUCUGGGCUGAACUUUAGAGCAUUUGGACCACAUGUAUUGAAUUUUAGCCCAAUUCGGUAGAAUAAUAAAAAAAACUAAUGUCAAUGGAAAUUUCGUAUCUAUAAAUAUGAUACGGUACAAAAAAACACGCGCCCGCAUUGAUUUCACAUUAUUAAAGACCAAACCUUUUCUUUUUCUUCCCUAAAAACUAAAACCCAGCGAAACAAAGUCACAAUGCUCCGCUGCAAGUAUUACCGACCAGAAGCCAUGGAACCAAUUGAAUUUCCAAAGUCAGAUGUCACAAUUUUGGAAGGCCAUACUUCAGAUGUCUGUGUUUGUGCAUGGAGUCCUACUCGAUCCCUUCUUGCAUCAGGGUCUGCAGAUUCAACAGCUCGUAUUUGGACAAUAGCUGAAGGAAAAUCUAACUUGGAUUCCAAGAAUGACCCUUUGAAUGUGUUGGUGUUGCAACACGCCACGACUAAUGAGCCUAAAGAUGUCACUACACUCCAUUGGAAUGGGGAGGGGACACUACUUGCAACUGGUAAUUAUGAUGGUCAAGCACGAAUUUGGACCGCUAAUGGUGAACUGAAGAGUACAUUUAACAGGCACAAGGGACCCAUAUAUUCUUUGAAAUGGAAUAAGAAAGGAGAUUAUUUUCUUACUGGAAGUAGUGACGAGACUGCAAUUGUAUGGGAUGUUCAAGCAGGGAAAUGGAAACAACAAUUUGAAUGUCAUACUGGUCCAGUACUUGGUGUUGAUUGGCGCAAUAAUGUGUCAUUUGCCACAUGCUCCACUGACACCAUGAUACAUGUCUGCAAGAUUGGAGAAGACGAACCAAUAAAAACUUUUGCUGGGCACCAGAGUGAAGUAAAUCAUAUCAAAUGGGAUCCCACAGGUUCACUACUGGCCUCAUGUUCAGACGAUAACACUGUAAAGAUAUGGAGUACGAAGCAAGAUAAGUAUAUUCAUGAUUUUAGGGAGCAUUCCAAGGUGAUAUAUAACGUCACAUGGAGCCCAACUGGUCCUGGUACAAAUAACCCUAAUAAGAAAUUGGUGUUGGCUAGUACAUCAUUGGACUCUACUGUAAAGUUAUGGGAUGUGGAACUCGGGAAACUAAUUUAUAGCUUGAACGGACACAGAGGUGAUGUAUAUUCUGUUGCAUUCAGUCCCAAUGGUGAGUAUUUAGCUAGUGCGUCCCUUGACAAAUCCAUACAUAUAUGGUCCUUGAAUGAUGGCAAGAUCAUUAAAACAUACAACGGCAAUGGAGGUGCUUUUGAGGUCUGUUGGAAUAAGGAGGGUGACAAGAUUGCUGCCUGUUUUGCUGAUCAUAAAGUUUGCAUUUUGGAUUUCAGAAUGUAAGAUCCUGAGAAGCACCAACUUACUUUAAUUAGUUGCUCAGAUUAUUUAUCUUUACUCACUGUGAUAUCGUUAAAGCUUAUUUUGACCGUAGUAAUUUUAUGCUAUGAUCAUUUGUACCUAUUAGGAGUGUAUAAUUACAAUCAUAUCACUUUUUUUUUUUU